AUGUUUGUGUCUACCGUUCGCACACCGGUGACCAGGAGGACAACCAGGCUAUUCAACUACCUCACUGAAAAGGCUGACUUGGCUCAACAACGGUACCCAACAGCAGAACUCGUUUUUCUCGGGGACUAUAAUGCACACCAUAAGGAGUGGCUGUUCCCGUUCGAGAAAACCGACCACGCUGGGAGAGAGGCGCGCAAUUUUGCCCUGGCGCUAGAUCUCACUCAGUUGGUGAAUGUUGCCACGCGGGUACCGGAUGUUGACAGCCACACACCCAAUUGUUUGGAUCUCGUGCUGGCGACGGAACCGGACUGUUACUCAGUCUCGGUCUCGGCUCCGCUGGGAACGUCGGAUCACUGUCUGGUCAAAGCCGUAUGUACCCAUUCCCCUCCGGAUGAAACCCUUAGUGGUACGAGGCGAGUGUGGAGGUACGGAUCAGCUGACUGGGACGAAAUGCGACAUUUCUUCGCAGCGUUCCCAUGGCGCCAAGUGUGCUUCUCCUCCGAUGACCCAACGACAUGUGCUAACGCGGUUGUGGAUGUAAUACGGCAGGGAAUGGAAUAUUUUAUUCCAUUCUCCGAUUUAUCGCCCGGUUACAAAGCCAGACCCUGGUACAACUCUGACUGCGCUCGCGCUGAGAUGCGCAAAGAGACCGCUUACCAGGCCUGGGUUCAAGCCCGCGACCGAAAAGCCAGUCCACGGCGCAUACGGUCUAAGAAGAGAGCCUACAAUGCUGCCACGAGGUCCUUCAAACGGGUAUUGCAGAGGGCACGAUUUGACCAUGUUGGCCGUAUCGGUUCCAGAUUGGCUUCCUACCCUCCCGGUAGCAAGCAGUUUUGGUCCCUGUCCAGGUCGGUUGAGUCGAACUUCUGCCGCCCCAGUUUGCCUCCUAUGCAGAGACCUGAUGGAUCACUGGCUCAUUCCGCAACCGAGAAGGCAAACCUAUUUGCCUCUUUGUUCGCGAACAAUUCGCGUCUUGACGCAGGUCUAAGUGCACCACCUACGUUACCUCGAUGUGACUCUUCCAUGCCGGAGGUCACAAUUCACUUGAGAGAGGUACGCAAGGCACUCUGCAGUCUCGAUGUGAAUAAGGCCAGUGGACCAGAUGGUAUUCCUGCUAGGGUACUUAGGCUUUGUGCGCCUGAGUUGUCUCCUGUCCUGACACGCCUGUAUCGCCUUUCUCUCGAACAAAGAACUGUGCCUAAAUCCUGGAAGCUUGCUAACGUACAACCGGUGCCUAAGAAGGGUAGCCGUGCCGACCCGGCCAACUAUAGACCGAUCGCCAUUACUUCCAUCAUUUGCAAAGUGAUGGAGAGAGUUCUAAACAGUAAACUGCUGACGUACCUAGAGACAAACGAUCUGCUUUGUGAUCACCAAUACGGUUUUCGCAGAGGUCGUUCAACCGGUGAUCUUCUAGUGUACGUCACGCACUACUGGGGCGAGGCCAUCGAGAAACACGGCGAGGCCCUCGCUGUGUCCUUGGACAUCUCAAAGGCCUUCGACCGGGUAUGGCACGCUGGCUUGUUAAGUAAGCUUCCAGCAUACGGCAUUCCCGCUGGCUUCAGCACCUGGAUAUCAGACUUCCUGAGUGAGCGAUCGAUAAGAGUAGUCAUUGACGGCGGCUCUUCUGACCUUAUCGCUAUUGAUGCCGGGGUUCCUCAGGGGUCUGUCCUCUCUGCGACUCUCUUCCUGUUGCACAUCAAUGACUUGCUUAUGUCAGGCAUUGUUGGGUACGCUGAUGACAGUACUGUCUUAGAGAGAUAUGUGUCCGGUGCUGCAGCUACCGCGGAAGUAGUUCGAUCUCUUCGAGAGGAUUUGGUAGAACGAACGGAUGAGAUUCUGAAGCAUGUGUCCCAAUGGGGAGACAAAAAUCUGGUAACGUUCAACUCUUCAAAAACACAGGCGUGUCUGUUCACCGCUAAGAAGAGUCCGUUCAACAGGACUCCUACUUUCCGAGGUGCAUCUGUACCGAUCACCGACCGUCUUGAGCUUCUUGGAAUGGAGCUGACGUCUCGCCUCAACUUUGGAACCACCAUUGAAUCCAAAGCUCAGACUGCAGCCAAAAAACUGGGCAUCCUAAAUAGGGUUAAGCGGUACUUCUCACCUGGACAACUUUUGACCUUAUAUAAAGCACAAGUCCGUUCUUGCAUGGAGUACUGUUCUCACCUUUGGGAUGGCUCAGCUAAGUACCAACUUGCUGCGUUGGAUUCUGUUGAGCGACGUGCUAAGAGGUUGAUCGGCGACAGGAAGCUGGUGGAAGCCAAACUGCAUAGCCUAGACCACCGCCGUAAAGUCGCCUGUCUGUCGGUUUUUUACAGAUUGUACUUCGGGGAGUGUGCACAGGAGCUCCAUCGGCUCAUUCCACCAAGUCCAUUCCAUCUGAGGAAAUCCAGACGUACGGAAGUACAAGCAGACGAAAACAUAAAAGACGCUUUCUACGUGAACUUAACCCAAGCACUAGAAUAUGCCGACAAAAACAUCAUAGUAAUGGGUGACUUUAACGGACAAACUGGCAAACAAAGACUUGGAGAAGAAAAUAUCCUCGGGAAACACGGUUCAGGAGAACGUGCCCACAAGGAAAAACAACCAUCCAGAUCAACAAAUACACCGAAUGAACCUAAACACAAAGUUCAGGAAUACUACGACAAGCAGAUAAAAAGUCUAUACACACAAAAACAAACUCCGAAAUUGAAAAAAGAACCCCUUAGCACAACUACCACACAACUAAUACAGAAAAGGAAAGAACUGUUUGGAAGUCAGAAAAACAAAGAAACACGGAAAGCCAUUACAAAAAUAAGUAAAGAAAUAAGCAAGAGUAUAAAAAAAGAUAAAAAUAAAAGACAACUCGACUGCAUCAACAAACAUGUAACGACGACUGGGGGAAUCAAGAAAGCUUUAAAAGAACUGAACGAGUUCAAGACCUGCAUACCAAAAUUAAAAGACAAAAACAAACAACCAGAAGAGAUUCCAUCCUCGACACGGCAACAACCUUUUUCAAGGAACUAUACACAAGCAGAAAUACACACCACACAAUCAACCCAGACGAGACAGAUGAAAAAGAAGAAACCACUCCACAUAUCCUAG